UUUUAGCGUUGGUAUCUCGGACAGGUUGAGUUUUUUAGCGGUGCUUCAGCAGGUUUCUUUCAGGGCGAGGGGGCUGAGUGAUCCUCCUAGCAUUCGUUUGGGGUCUGUAUUUGAGGUGCUGGCUGACUCUGGGUGGUUGUUGCACACUGUCCUCGGCUUGACAGAGUUCCCCCCUUGUGUUCAUCUCCUUUCUUUUGUGAAUCCGUGUUCAUUACCACUACAGAUUCCGAGCGAAGUGGAUUCCAUUUUUUUUUUUCGUAUUUCAGGUCUCUCCGCCUCUCUCGUUCUCUCUCUCUCUCUCUCUCUCUCUCUCUUCGCUCUCUACCGAUCUUUCCCUCUCUCUCUUUUUCGCUUUUUGCUUGUAUUAGCUCCGAGGGUGCAGUGCGUGGUUUACGGGCCGUUAUCCGGGGGAGAUUCACAGCCUGCACGUAAAGUUAGCCCGACCGAACUACAGCCUGAGAGCAGAGGAACGGUCACUGCCGGGGCAUCGAGGAAUGAAGUGGAACUUUUCUGGCGGUCCUUUGGCUCCGUAAUUGUGCGUGGUGGCGAUUCGAGGCAAAUCAUCUCCCUUGAUCCUGCGUGAACGAGGGCGGAGAGGGGGGUCGGAGUGAGUGGACCCCUCUAUCAGGACAAUGUGUAUUUCCCAAACAGUUUAGAGUAUUCAUGAGGUUACGCAAAUGUGGAGGCAGCAAAAUUACCGUAAUCAAUUGAAGCGGCGAGCAUGCGUCCGUCCACAGCUCUGAUUACCCGGAGAUUAGCCUGAUGUGAAUGUUACAAGGAGAGGAGCUGUUAAAUUGCUGUUGAAUUUGGGUGAGAAGUCUAUGAUCAUUGGGCAAGUGAGUUUGCACAGAGAUAAUAGGGCAGAUCACUGGACUGGGCAAGUGCUGGUGGCACAUUAGCUAUCUGACUCCAACUCCAAGCUGCUGUUUUACAGAAAGACCAAACCUAUAUUACCCAGAAUAAGCAGGCUGUGUCAAAAACCCUUGCAGUUAUUCCUUCCCAAAAAGGAGAAAUCUUCGCGACUAUGGAUGUCCGCUACGGCCAAGACUCGGAGUCCGGAAUGCUGCUGAAGACUGGACUAAAAGAGGGGAAAGAGGGAAAGGAUUCUCAGGGGAACAUUUCAAAAACAUUCCUGAAGGACCAGCAGGAGUCCUUCUCUCCAUCCGGACCAGUGGAAAACUGCGAAAAGAGCCGGACGAGCUCAGGGGAUCCUGACUACUGCCGAAGGAUUCUUGUUCGAGAUGCCAAAGGUUCGAUUCGAGAGAUUAUUCUCCCCAAGGGUUUGGAUCUAGACCGACCAAAGCGUACUAGGACCUCGUUCACAGCAGAACAGCUGUACAGACUGGAGAUGGAGUUUCAGCGGUGCCAGUAUGUUGUGGGACGAGAACGAACCGAACUUGCCCGACAACUUAACCUGUCUGAAACUCAGGUGAAGGUUUGGUUCCAGAAUCGGCGCACUAAGCAGAAGAAGGAUCAGGGGAAGGAUUCAGAGCUGCGUUCCGUGGUCUCCGAGACAGCCGCCACAUGCAGCGUCCUCCGUCUCCUGGAGCAGGGCCGGCUCCUCACCCCCCCUGGCCUGCCAGGGUUGCUGCCCCACUGCGGGAGCUCGUCACUAAGCUCAGCCCUGCGUGGGCCGUCUCUGGGCAUCACCGCAAAUGGAGGCUCCUCCAGCAGCAGUAGCAGCAGUGCGGCUAGCUCAGGCACAGCCGGGGGGAGCCCGCCGCUACCAGCGGUGACCAGUUCGGGGACAGUCACGGGGCUGCAGGGAUCUCCGCCUGCCCACGGGCUGUUUAGCUUUCCUAUGCCCUCUCUACUUGGGUCGGUCGCCUCACGCAUCUCCUCCACCCCGCUCGGCAUGGCCGGAUCCCUCGCAGGGAACUUGCAGGAACUUUCUGCCCGCUACCUGAGCUCCUCCGCCUUUGAGCCCUACUCGCGGACCAAUGGCAAAGAAGUGCUAGACAAGAAAGUUUUGGAAUGAUCACUAGGGGUUUCUUUUUGUCUUUGUUGUUGUUGUUGUUUUGAAAUUAGUUUGAGCUCUGAUUAUCUCUCUCUCUUUUUUUAUUAACUUUCGCCCCUUUUGUCACAUCAUUGCUGUUGUGUUUUUUUCCCUCAUGUCAUCAACCUGCACACUUGAUUCCACUCAGAACUGUAAAAAGGUGGACUCAUACUUUUCAAAAACGAGGAUUUUCAGAGCUUUUUGCACUAAAUCAAAGUUUCUCCAAAUUUGACACAAACGAGAGCUUGAGGAAGGAAUGUAGCAAAAUAUUAUGGAGGGGAAGAGAGAAAAUGCUUUCUGAGGCAAUAUUUUCGGGGCACUUUUUUUCCCGUACAGCUUUUUUGGAGCUGGACAGUUGUAUUCAGAUUAAAAACGAAUCUGAAAACUGCUGGCUAUUAAAUCAGUAGUACAGAACAUAGACCCCCUGAUUAAAAACUGAACUCAAAACUGCUCAUGGUUUCAGUUUGAAGAGCGAUCUAAAUGAGAUUUUUACAUAGCUGGUUUUGCCGAGUCUCAAAUAAUGAAAUAUAUAUAUUAUAUCGGAAUUCAUUUCGAAAAGUUAGCAUACAAUACACAGUCAUACUGUGGCUUUAUAUACACAGUUCACAGUUUGCUCUACCAAGCUAUUAGAUCAGAUGUCUAUACCAUUUUGUAUUCGUUUGGUUAAAGAUGUUCUGACUAAAUCGAAGGAAAAUGCUGUCAGACCGUUAAAUAGUCCAAUAGUCCUGUGUUGUUCUCUACAUGGUUUCUGUGAGGGUGCUCCCCAAAACGAGUUUUGAAGGCAGUCCCAGUUUGUGAGUUUGUAUGUCUUAAAUAUGCAGUUUUUCUCCUCUGUGUGUGUGUGCUGGUACUAAAGUUGUAGUCCUGGUUUUCAUGUGUAGGUGCUUGUUUAAUUGAAAACCUUACGAGAAAAUUUGAAAUGUCAAAGCUCCUGAGUGUCGACAAGAACCUCGCAUUAUCGGACUAGUCGAUUUGCCGUGAGCAGCAAACCCUGUACCAAUGCGGCAAAGUUUUCCUGAAGAAUUCUACGCCCUUUCUAUUAUCAGACAUGAAACGAGGCAGAUCUCUGAUGGACGAACAGGGUACGAUUACUGUAGUAUAAAAGAUUGAAUAACUAAAAUUGUUAUUUUAUUGUAAAUUAUUCACGUCUGUAAUAAAUAGAUCCUUAGUA